CCUUCAGAUGCUUGGGUCUGGGCCUGCGUGCCUCCUGGGUCUACAGGCACUUGGCCUAGGUGGCCCUCUACCUGGCUGUUUCCCUUUGUAGACUGUGAGGGCCUGCAUAGGAGCGUGUCUCAGCUGUGUCUUCCCCAGAAUAUGUUGAUGGACAACGUGCACACAUGGUCACAUGCGUGGACAGAUAAGAAUAGAUAAGAUGAGUGGUCGGAAGUGCCCCAGCUUGGAGUGACUGUGACCCCACAUCUUUCUCUCCCACAUGAGAGCAGUCAAAUGAUGUGUUCCAGUGGUGGGCUUGCCAUGAACUCCCUCUAACUGAUAAAAAAGAUCGACAAGACCAUGCUGGCGAGCCUGAAGGUCAAGAAGCAGGAGCUGGCCAACAGCUCGGAUGUGACCCUCCCAGACCGGCCGCUGUCCCCUCCUCUCACUGCGCCUCCCGCCAUGAAGUCGGCGGAGUUCUUUGAGAUGCUGGAGAAAAUGCAGGGGAUCAAGCUUGAAGAGCAGAAGCCGGGACCCCAGAAGAACAAGGAUGACUAUAUCCCGUACCCCAGCAUUGACGAGGUUGUGGAGAAGGGAGGCCCAUACCCCAUGAUCGUCCUGCCCCAGUUUGGGGGCUAUUGGAUCGAGGACCCGGAGAACUUGGGCACGCCGACCUCCCUGGGCAGCAGCAUCUGUGAGGAGGAGGAAGAGGACAGCCUCAGCCCCAGCACUUUCGGCUACAAGCUCGAGUGCAGGGGAGAAGCAAGGGCCUACCGCAGGCACUUCCUAGGGAAGGAUCAUCUGAACUUCUACUGUACCGGCAGCAGUUUGGGGAACCUGCUUCUGUCCAUCAAGUGCGAGGAGGCCGAGGGCAUUGAGUACCUUCGGAUCAUUCUCAGGUCCAAAGUGAAGACAGUGCAUGAACGGAUCCCCUUGGCUGGACUGAGCAAGUUGCCCAGUGUCCCUCAGAUUGCAAAGGCUUUCUGUGAUGAUGCAGUGGGGCUGAAAUUCAACCCCGUCCUGUACCCCAAGGCCUCCCAAAUGAUUGUGUCCUAUGAUGAGCAUGAUGUCAACAACACAUUCAAAUUUGGGGUCGUUUAUCAAAAAGCCAGGCAGACCCUGGAGGAGGAGCUGUUUGGGAACAAUGAGGAGAGCCCAGCCUUCAAGGAGUUCUUGGACUUACUGGGGGACACGGUCACGCUGCAGGACUUCAAAGGUUUCCGAGGAGGCCUGGAUGUGACCCACGGACAGACGGGGGUGGAAUCAGUGUACACAAUAUUCCGGGAUAGGGAGAUCAUGUUUCAUGUCUCCACAAAGCUGCCGUUCACUGAAGGAGAUGCCCAGCAGCUCCAGAGAAAGAGACACAUUGGGAAUGACAUUGUGGCCAUCAUCUUCCAAGAAGAAAAUACACCGUUUGUUCCAGAUAUGAUUGCCUCCAACUUCUUACAUGCCUACAUUGUUGUGCAGGCUGAGAACGCGGGCACAGAGACCCCAUCCUACAAGGUCUCAGUCACUGCGCGGGAAGACGUGCCCUCCUUCGGCCCACCUCUGCCCAGCCCCCCUGUUUUCCAGAAGGGCCCGGAGUUCAGGGAGUUCCUGCUCACCAAACUCACCAACGCAGAGAACGCUUGCUGCAAGUCGGACAAGUUUGCGAAGCUGGAGGACCGAACGAGGGCUGCCCUCCUAGACAACCUUCACGAUGAGCUCCAUGCCCACACACAGGCCAUGCUGGGACUGGGCCCAGAAGAGGACAAGUUUGAGAAUGGGGGCCACGGGGGAUUCCUGGAAUCUUUUAAGCGGGCCAUCCGUGUGCGCAGCCACUCCAUGGAGACCAUGGUGAGCAGCCAGAAGAAGCAGCACAGUGGGGGCAUCCCCGGCAGCCUCAGCGGGGGCAUCUCCCACAACAGCAUGGACGUCACCAAGACCACCUUCUCACCUCCAGUGGCAGUGGCAACGGCGAAGAACCAGUCGAGGAGCCCCAUCAAGCGGCGGUCAGGGCUCUUCCCGCGUCUGCACACGGGAUCUGAAGGCCAAGGGGACAGCCGGACACGAAGUGACAGUGCAUCCAGCAACCCCAAGACGCCAGAUGGUGCACACUCUUCUCAGGAGAUAAAGUCUGAGACCUCAUCCAAUCCCAGCUCUCCAGAAAUCUGCCCCAACAAGGAGAAGCCCUUCAUCAAGUUGAAGGAGAAUGGCCGAGCCAACAUCUCCCGCUCCUCCUCCAGCACCAGCAGCUUCAGCAGCACGGCGGGGGAGGGCGAGGCCAUGGAAGAGUGUGACAGCGGGAGCAGCCAGCCGUCCACAACCUCGCCCUUCAAGCAGGAGGCGUUUGUCUACAGCCAGUCCCCAAGCAGCGAGAGCCCCAGCCUGGGGGCAGCCGCCACCCCCAUCAUCAUCAGCCGGAGUCCUACGGAUGUCAAAAGCAGAAACUCCCCGAGGUCAAACCUGAAAUUCCGCUUUGAUAAGCUCAGCCAUGCCAGCUCCAGUGCGGGUCACUAAUGUGAAAGAGGAGUCCUUCGCCUGUCAAAGGGAAGCCCCAGUUCUGUCCUGGAGAAGACUCCUGUUGCAGCAGUUUGGGGGGUGCCGUCCACUACUCUGACCAUCACAGGCCUGCUGCUCCACCGGCCUCCUGCCCACUGGACCAGCUGUCUGUCCCAGUGUCCUGACCCAGCCACAGCCCUCCUGCCUGCCCCUUCACCAAGACACCUUGCAAGCACCUCCCCAUCUCUGGACAAGGCCUCGUUCCUCUAGGCUCCCCCUACUCCUGCCCACCCAAUGUGAUGUGUGUCUGGGUUAUCUGUCAUCUUGUUUUGUCUGCAGAGGCAGGAGUUGGGCAAAGGGGGAUCUGGGUACCGGGGACUCAGUCAGAGACCAGAGAGGCGGAGAGAGUGGCGAAGGAGGGGAGCAGAGGCCGACAGCAGGACUGUGCCCAGGGAGGGGCAGCACUGUGUCCUGCACAUGGCAGGCACGGCAGAUGCAUUUAGUGGUGGUGGACGGAGCACUUUUCCAGGAGCAAAAUUUGUAGUCCUCGAAGAUGUCCUGAUAGAAAUCAGCUCUAUUGCUCCCACAUCUGUGGAGCUCCCCAACAUCUGUUUGCUUCUGUGCCAGUAACUUCUCACCCUCUGCUGACAUCAGGCCCAGGGCUGCCUCUGUCCCUGCUCCCUGUAUCUUGAGCGGCCGGUGGAAGCUGAGGCGCAGCCUGGCGUGUGUGGGAGCGGGCGCUGCGCUGCUCCUUGACAGCGGCUGGCACUUUCGUCCCACCUGAUUUCACUCAGGCUCCUGAUUGCGGUUGCUGUGGGAGAAGCCCUGUGUCAGUCCCUCCCUUUUGAGCAGAUGUUUUCCCAUGAAGGGUGGGCAGCCAGCAGUGAGAAGGAAUUCAGGGAGGGGAGCCCGUGAGUGCUGGGGCUCUGGCCGAGGAAAACCUCAGAUCCGAGGACCAGGCUGGGAUCAGGUCUCUACUGGGUGUGGAAGUUCGUGGAGGAGUUACGUCAACCCACCACUUAGAGGAGAGCUGCGGUGGCCAGGUGGGGACAACACGUCAGGUUUGGUCAGGCUGGUGUGUGGGCGUGGGACUUAGAGCCGUGUCCUUCUGCACUUUAUAUUCCUGGCGUCUGUGGGGGACCCAGUGCUGCCCGAGGGACUCUUUCCAGCUACUUGCCCUUCUGCCGUGUCGGGGUUUGAUCCCCCUAAUCCUCCUCUUCCCCUCUCCAACUGCGGGUCUGUGGGCAGUUGUCACAUCUGUGGGAUUCCUGCAACCUGGGCCCUGGCUGGGUGCAGUUCAUAUACAUCCUGCCACCUGCACCCUCAGCCAGAGCCCCCUUCGCUGGGUGAGCCAGCUCGCUCUCAGAGGAGCAGCCCCCUCUCGCUUCUCAGCCCUCCGAGUCUGCAGUGCGAGAGGUCGUUUCUGCUGACCAGCUCGGGUGGGGUUUAAGGUGGGGUGUCCUCCAGGUAGAACAUAGAGUCUGAAGAGCAGACCCUUGGAGGUGCUGCAGCUUCAGUGCAUGUGGGGCCUCUGUGACACAGGGCUGCUGGGGUGACGCUGGCUGGGCUCUUGCUUUAACUAGCAGAUGACAAGGAUUUCCAACCAGAUGCUUAAUUUGCAUUGAGAUCUGGGCCUGUUCCCAAGUCCAGGCCUAUAAAUGUUACACUUGUUUUUGACCCAUGUGACAAUUUCCCCAUUGCUUUGGCCGUUAGAGCAAAACCAUGAUCGUCUGUCCCCCUACUCGCUUGGACAUUAUGGGGUCCCGUUUGCAGGCUGGGCAGACCUCUCCCCUCACACUAUUUGGGAAAUGUGUUUACUUAAAGUACUAGUCUGGUAAGAUUUAUUCUAGUUAGAAGGUCACCAAAUAUCUGUUUAGCUUUUAUUAAAAGUCACUGGAGCGGCACCCACUGCUGGAACGAGGCCCGCGGAUUCUGGCAGCGCUCUGCUGGCUGAGUUUCUGAAGGAACUUGAAAGGUCAAACUGCAUUUCUUUAAAAACUAUUCCAGGGUUCUGGCUCACUUCCCUGGGUAGCUGGUAUUUACAGCUGCUGGGUGGUUGUGCUGUGCUGUGUUGUGUUAUGGUCUGGGGGUCCUCUGGGGUUUUCAGGUUGUCCUCACUCUUUCCUACUUGGGAACCUCAUACUCACCUUCCCCUGCUGCUCUGGCUGCACCUCCCCACUGCAGCCCUCACCUCCUGCAAGGGCUUUACCCCUGCCUCUGAGCCAGUGGCCAGGAUGGCUGGGUGUGUCCAGAGUAAUAGAGGCACAGGCGUGCCACCUAAAAAGCACAGACCUGAGAAGUGUUGUCUACCUUCUGUGUGCUAAUGGGGGCGCUCUGGGAAGGAUCUGAACUGUGCCUGGGUCCUGCAUCACCAUCUCUAGAAACUACAUCCCCCGGCUUCCAGAGUGCACACGACCAGCCCCACUGAGGUCCCAGGGCUGAGGGGGAGGAGGAGAACGAGGACCGGGGAGUCUCCCCUCACCCUUCUGGACCGUGGGGCAGGCAGCUCGGGUUCUUGGAGGCUGCUUCUCUCACACUCCCCUUGUGUCUGCUGUGGUCCAAAAUGUCUUUCUUUUUAUUGCUGCGCCCUGUCUUAGGGCUCAAAGAUUUGCUCAAGCCUCAUUGGUCCUUGUGACUAGACUCAUCCUGAUGGUACUCAUGCUGGUAUUUGAGGCCUUCAGCUUGUGAUCUCCGGGACACAGGAGAAGUGUUUCCUGGACAUGUCUCUGGCUCUGGGAACUGCCUGCCUCACAAAAGAAACUAUACUUGUCAGGUUCUGUAGGGCACCCAUAGGCCUCUGCUCAGUCGAUGCUUAAAAGCAGAUGCAGAAAGAGCUUGAGUUAGAAGGUCUUAGCUAGAGUUUCUGUCUAUGCUAAUGAGUAGAAAAUGGUGUUUCUUGAAAAAUACUCUGUUUCAGCUUGGUCAGCAUCAUCUCAAUGUCCAAGUCUUCUGGGCCCCUUUUAGCAUCUAAUCCAACCAUGUUGUCAUCCAGGUGAGAAACUUCAGCCCCAGUGAGGGGAAAUAACUUGCUUGAGGUCACACAGCCAGCUAGGGUUAGAAGCCAUAACCCAGGGCCCUUUGGCACCACCUACAUGGUUAGUUGAAUAAGUGGCUGCAUUUCCUGGGGCCCUGAGUUUUGGAGAAGCCGGUUAGCUGGUGCCUCGGCACUGGCUGGGAGGUGUCAGCAGUCAAGGGUGCUGGUGGGACCUCAGUCUUUGCUCUUUUCAUCAGGAGGGAUAUUCUCUUGGAUUUUUCAGUGAGGGUCCUGGGGUUUUGGAUGCAGCUUAAGCAAAGAAGGGAAAGAGAUUCCAGUGGGUUUUUCCUUGAGGGCAAAGACACAGUUAACCAACCCUCAGUUUCCCCUUUUUAAGUUAAGAAGAGAAGUGGUAAAAAAAAAAAAAAGUCUUUGAUUCUCCCCAAUCCUCAUCAAAGGUGGUGAAUAAAAAUGUAGGCUCAAGUGACGAGGCGGGACAAGAGCCCAUUUCACUUUCUUCACCCUGACCGUUUAAGGUGCCAACGCAAACACUACCUUCUUCAUUCAGUUCUGAGUCAGGAGAGGCAGGUCUGUUGUGGGGGAAUGGUCGGGUUCCAGGAGAUCUUAUGGCUCUAGGUGGCCGGCAGGGACCUGGCCAGUCAGCCAUGCUUGCGACCCUGCGGCUCUUCCCUCAGCCUCUAGCUGCCCCUCUCAAAGGCGAGGGUGGGUGAGUGGCGUUUGCCGAGGCUGCCCCUGCGCCCUCUGGGGGCUGGGUGGGGCAUUCUUCUACAAGCUCUGAUACCUGUUUUACCACUAGCCUCUUCCCCACCCCAACCCCACAUCUCCCUCCUUUCAGCUGGGCCAUGUUCCUCUUUGGGAGGAAGGAGACGUGCCCUGCCAGGGCCAAGGACAGCAGAGCCCUGCCUGGUGAGAGGCUGUAGGGGCCGCGGCUCUGUCUGUGCCUUACCAGCCCUGGGGACAGGGUAUUUGUCUGGAAGACUGGAAUUUAAAUGCCAUUGUCUUUGAUUUUGUGACAUUUCUGCUUGGAAGGGUCAAUCCCCCCUUCUUGCUCCUUAGCAUGUGUGCCAACUCCCCCCUGUCCUGGGCAUUACCCUUCCACCCUCCAGCCAGGGGAGCAUUGAUGUUUAAGUGUGAAGAGAUUCCUCUAUGUGAUAGAACCUAAGAAGUGUAGCUUGGAAAUGAUGAUCCACGUGAUGAUUACCUUUCCUUUCUUUCCUCUUUGCGAGGAGGUGAUUCGUAGACCCUGACUGCCUAUGUAAUGUAAAUAGUGUACAUUUAAUUUAUUGCUAUGGUAGCACAUUGUAUUUGUUAAUGUAUAAAACAAAUUCUAAAAGGUCGACAAAUGUAUAUUUUGUUGCUUAAAUGUGUCUUUGCAGAAAUUGACAAUAAAUAACAUAUUUUGUGUCCAUCA